AUGGAGGAAAGAAAAGGCCGCAAAAAAAAAGUCCUCCUAAUGGGCAAAUCUGGCUCCGGAAAGUCCUCCAUGCGCAGCAUAGUAUUCAGCAACUACGUCGCCAAGGACACCCGCCGCCUGGGGGCUACAAUCGACGUUGAGCACUCGCACGUCCGAUUCCUCGGCAACCUGACGCUAAACCUCUGGGACUGCGGUGGCCAAGAUGCCUUCAUGGAAAACUACCUCGCCACUCAGCGUGACCAUAUAUUCCGCAAUGUCGAGGUCCUGAUAUACGUAUUCGACAUUGAGUCUCGCGAGUUCGAACGAGACCUGAUUACGUAUUCCUCAUGUAUUGAGGCGUUGCGGGACAAUUCGAGUAAUGCUAGGAUAUUCUGCUUGGUACACAAGAUGGACCUCGUACAGACGGAGUUGCGAGAGAGGUUGUUCAAUGAGCGCCGGGAUGUGCUUGUGUCUAGGAGUUUAGGAUUAGCGAUUACCUGUUUCCAAACGAGUAUCUGGGACGAAACACUCUACAAAGCUUGGGCUGGCAUAGUCUACACCCUCAUCCCUAACCUCCCGCAAUUAGAAACGCACCUCCACCGCUUUGCCUCUAUCGCUGAUGCGGAGGAGGUUAUCCUCUUCGAGCGUACCACAUUCCUCGUGAUCUCACAUGUCACCCGCUCGCCGAUCCCCAACCCAUUUCCCGACCGCUUCGAAAAGAUAUCGAAUAUAGUCAAGCAGUUUAAGCAGAGUUGUUCUAAGAUGGCGAGCAAUUUUACUGCGUUCGAACUCAGGGCGGCUGGAUUCUCGGCGUUUAUCGAUGUGCUUACGCCGAAUACAUAUAUUCUUGUGGUUAUGCCGGCGGGUGCCGCGGAGAGCGCAACAACUCUGAUGAAUAUUGCGGUUGCGAGGAAGCAUUUCGAGAAGUUGGAAAGGGAUAGUAGCGUUAGGGGAGUUGAGAAGCUAGGGAGAGAUAGUAGCGUUAGGGGGGCUGAGAAGGAUAGUGGUGUUAGGGGGUCCGAGAAAGGGGGUGGAGGUGUGGGGGAGAAGGAUGGUAUUAAUGGAAAUUGA